AAGCCGGUGCAGGGCAGCUGCUCAGGAAGAAGGAUACAUGGUUAUGUCUAAUAGUGUGAAGAAGUAUGUCAGAUAGAAACUGAAGGGAACCGGUUUAAUAAAGAGAAAAUCACAUCCAGGCAAGAGAAAAGCAAACAAGACUGACAAGGAAAGAUUUUUUUAUUGGAAAAAUAAACAGCGCAGUUGUAAGAAGCAGAACUGACCUGGACAUCAGGAAUAUUAUAGUGGGUUGUGUUUUCUAUGGAUUCAUUACAAUGAUUGUAAGUGGCUGUGAGCAGCAUCGGCAGGAGGAGAAGUGAUGAGAAGGUGCAGGGGCCCCUGGCUCGGAUGCUGUAGUGUUGUUGUUGUUGUGGCACAGCCUGGGUAGCCGGCAGGCUGGUGGGGGUCCUGCCCCUUCUGCAGCAUCAGAUGGAGACUUUAAACCCUGAGCCCAGGCUGCAGAACAACCUGCAUGCUGAGAAGAAGCGGCUGAACCGUGCACCUUCCCCGGCGAGACCAUUCCUGAGGGACCCUCACCCCAGGGGGCCGCCUGCCAAACCAUCAGUGCUACCCCCCAAAUCCCCAUGCAGCAUUAGGCACCAGUCCCCGGGGCUCCUGGCCACUCAGAGCCGGGUAUCCAGGCGCAGUGCCCCCUCAGCCAAGGACAAGCCCAGCCCGACCAAGCCAACCAGUGCAAAAGCCUCCCUGAACAACAAGAGGGCAUCACGGCCGCCCCAAGUACCCGGGGACCCGAACUACAAAGCAGGAGCUAAACGAGAGCAGCAGCAGCUGUUGCACGCAGCAUCCUCUCCUCACCCAACCCCCACCCGCAGGAGGCUCCUGAGGUUGGAGACCCCAGGGCCAGGUGUGUGCAGCAGCCUAAGCCGGGUCAGCCAUACUGACAGCAGCUCGGACCUCUCCGACUGCCCCUCCGAGCCUCUGUCCGAUGAGCAGCGCCCGUUACCUGCGCACAGCAGCGACAACGAGUCGGGGUCCAGCGAGCAGGCAGCGGCAGCAGCAGAGAAGCAGAAUGCUGCGUCCCCCAGCGACAAGCCCCGGCCAGCAGGGGGCGCCCUCACCCAGGACCUGCUCAGGGAGGUGGACGAGCUGCGCUCAGAGAAUGACUAUCUCAAGGAUGAAAUUGAUGAGUUGCGAGCUGAAAUGGAAGAAAUGCGUGACAGCUAUCUGGAAGAAGAUGUUUACCAGCUCCAGGAUCUCCGACGGGAGCUGGACCGAGCCAAUAAGAACUGCCGUAUUUUGCAGUACCGCCUCAGGAAAGCAGAGCAAAAAAGCAUAAAAGUUGCACAGACUGGACAAGUAGAUGGAGAACUCAUCAGAAGUCUGGAGCAAGAUCUAAAGGUAGCCAAAGAUGUUUCUGUCAGACUGCACCACGAGCUGGAGAAUGUUGAAGAAAAACGAAUCAAAGCAGAAGAUGAAAAUGAAUUACUUCGUCAGCAAAUUAUUGAGAUGGAAGUUUCCAAGCAGGCAUUGCACAAUGAGCUGGAGAGGGCAAGAGAGAGCCAACUAAAAAGAAGAGGUAGCAGAGAACUUCACAAAGAUAAAAAGACACCCAGCCAGGAGGACAGUGCUGAUUUAAAAUGCCAGCUUAUGUUUGCUAAAGAAGAAGCAGCACUAAUGAGAAAGAAAAUGGCCAGACUUGGAAAAGAGAAGGACGAUCUGGAGCAGGAACUGGAGAAAUAUAAAUCAAUUUAUGGAGAUGUUGAUUGUCCUUUACCAAUUGGUGAGACAGGUGGUCCACCAAGCACAAGGGAAGCUGAGCUGAAACUUCGUCUUAAGCUUGUUGAAGAAGAAGCAAAUAUAUUAGGGAGAAAGAUUGUGGAGCUAGAGGUAGAAAACAGGGGCAUUAAAGGGGAAAUGGAAGAUCUCAGGUGUCAGUAUGAAAAAGAGUUUUUGAGCAGGGAAUAUGUUUCAAGCAUUCCUACCUCACCUUUUGGUGAUUCCAUGGAAUCUGCCACAGAGCUGCGUCGUCAUCUCCAAUUUGUUGAGGAGGAGGCCGAGCUGCUAAGAAGAUCCAUUUCAGAAAUUGAGGAUCAUAAUAAACAACUAACUACAGAGCUGAACAGAUUUAAAUUUGGACCUGAACAGGAUCUUGUCUGGAUUGAAGAAAGUGCAACCAAAUCCAAUGGCUCAGUUCACGAGGAACUAAAGUCAGCAAGGAUGCAGAUCAAUGAGUUAAGUGGAAAGGUGAUGAAACUUCAAUAUGAAAAUCGUGUGCUGUUAUCUAAUGUUCAACGUUGUGAUCUUGUAUCUCAUCUGGGCAUGAGGACUGCCAGUCCACGAGAUAGUGAUGCUGAAAGUGACACAGGGAAGAAAGAAAGUGACAGUGAGGAUGGCCGCCAUACUCAAUCAAAGAGAGAAGGACCUAUUGGUGGUGAAAGUGAUUCAGAAGAAGCCUAUGAGAAAACAUCGGGUUUUGAAAGUGCUAAACCAUCUGAUGUCAGUGACAUUUAUUCUGGGGAACUUUCUAAACUGACAGAAGGUGCACACUGUAUUCUAAGCAUAAAACGAGAGGCAGAACGACUAGAAAGAAAUGUAGAUCGUCUAAUCACAGAUACUGAUAGUCUGAUUUAUGAUGCAAAGUUACAAAUAACAUGUUGCAGCAUGGAAGAGACAUUAAAGAGUGGUCAAGAAAGAGGAGAGACUGGUAGAGAAUCUGAGGUCCUGGAUAACAUCAACUCUCAAAUGAAAACAUUCAGGAAAGAGUUGCAUCAAUUUAUAGAAAUAGUCAAUCACACAGGAGAGGAACUGAAAGACCAUGUGGAAGAUCUCUCUCCAGUGCCUCAUAUAACAGAAUCUUCUAGCUUUUUGUCCAACUUGACAUCAGUAUCUCGGGAUUCUCCUAUUGGAAAUUUGGGAAAAGAACUUAUCACAGACUUUCAGCAGUCCAAACUGAGAGAACAAAAAGAAUGGCAACUCAACAAUGACCAUGAAGAAAAUACCCAACGUCUUCUUGUAAACCAUGAAUCACAUCGCAGAGCUGAUGGAGACAUUAAUUCCUACAGGCCAGGAGACCAGGGCUGUUUCAGUCUAGAGCUCAGCAACCAUGUUUCACCUGAAAAAAAUUCAACGUUACGCGAACUUCAGGCAAUCCUGGAACAGGAAAGGAGACUUCAUACAGAAGAGCAUGAGAAGGUGACAGACAGGAUCAUUCAGCUGGAAGAGGAGCAUCUGAAAACCAUAAGGCGAAAAGACCUGGAGGUGCAAAGCCUGACUCUGCAGAACAAGCUGGAAGAGAAAACCUGGAGCCAAGAAAAGUGUCUCCUACAUCAAGAACUGAGCAACUUCAAACAGAAUGGCUUUGUUCUCUACGUCAAGCUAAAGUGGCUUCUGAAGAACUUGCGGCAGAGCAAAAGUGUGGAACAAGAGGUUGUGGGAGAUGAUCUGUUGCAGAUUGAACAGCUUCAGGCCCCUACAGAGUUUACCAUUCAUCCUGAGUUCAGAGAAGGUGAUACCAAUUUGGAGGCAGCAGACGGGGAGGAGGAAGAUGGCGUGUUUACCCUGGCAGAUUACUCUCAACAUUCCAUUUCAGAGAGUCCCCAGCUCCAGACAGCUGAGUUACUGCAACAUCAGAAACAAGCAAGUGAAAACCAUCGUCUUCUCGCUGCCUUAAUGGACUUAAUGGAUGAUUUUCGAGCUGAGCUGCAGUGUGAAGAGAAAGAACGGUUCGAGAUGCAGCAGCAAUAUACAGAUGACAGAGCAGCUUGGGAAGUAGAAGAGGCGGAACUCAGAUGUCAUGUGGAGCAGUUUGAGGGGAAGAGGCAGAGAUUUCCAGGAGACACAAGCUCUGAUGACCAAAAGACUCCGUUUAAACGUGAAAGAGAAGAGCACAAGAAGCUGCUUGCAGAUAGCCAUAGUCUGGUGAUGGAUCUGAGGAGGCAACUCCAGCAAAAUGAGAAGAACUGGGGCAGAGAGAAGGGGGAACUGAUGGAGCGAUUUGAAAAGGAAAGACGUGACUGGGAAAAGCAACAAAAGGAUUUCCAGAAAAAAUUAACCCAGCUUCAAAAUGAUGUGAGCCCAAGAAGGAUAGAAAACUUCCAUGUUGACCAAACGGAUGGGAACAUUAGCCAGUUUUUAGCCACAGGUGCUGUUCAUGUACCCCAUUCCCUUGGGACAAGGUCAUUCUCUGAUUCGGAUGAUAUGCCAUUUGAGGAGCAGUUACUGCCUAAGUUAAAGGGAACAGACCGGUGCUCAGGAUCUGAAAACCUCUUCCUAGAUGCAUUGUCUCUAGAUUCUGCAGAAGACAUGGAUGUACCUCAGCCCCACAAACUGGAACGUGAUAAGUUUUCUGCUGAGGAAGAUCUACAAAAAGGAAGCUUGCAGAGGGUAAUGUCUGUUUCCUCCCUUUCUGAAUUCCAUCGUUUAAUGGAGAGCUCUCCAUUCCUUCCUGACAAGAAUUACGAUUUUGCAAGUGACAAGGAAGAAUUGACACCCCCGUUAUCACCUGAUGACCUAAAGUAUAUUGAAGAGUUUAAUAAGAAUUGGGAUUACAGCAAUGUUAGCCAGGAUGAUAAAGUAAUAGGUGUUAAUAGGGAAAGAACAAGCAAUAGGAUAAUCGAGACAAGUCCAUCUUCUGAUACAUUCCAAUCUUCAUCAUGGUUCCUCACCACUAGUGUUACUAUGACAACAAACACAUUGACCAACCCUGAACACUGCCAGAAGCAGUCAACUAGUAACCACACUGUUGCUGAGAAAAUGGGGGCUAGGGUUUUCCACAGCCCUCCUAUGGUUCGUAGGUUUGAUAAAUCUGUUAUUUCUAAUGAAGGUGAGAUAAAACAUGUUGAUCCAGACUUGUUAUUUUCUGAGACCAAAGCCAAAGAGAAUGGUCCUGAUACAAAAACUGGUGCCACGGAAGCAUUUGGCCGGUGGCCUUGCGACAUUAAUAGACACCAAAAAGACUUUAUUGAAAGCAGUGUACACCCUAUGGACCGUCCAAUUUGCACCACUGUAAGCUAUGCUUCUUCUUUGCACAAUUUAGAGUUGUCAAGAAACUUGAGUGAUGACAUGAAAGAAGUGGCCAACUCUGUUCGACAUGCUAUCCGGCAAAACUCAGUAGAAUUUGAGUUCAGAGACAUUGCUUGUCAAACCAAUGGUUUAAAAAAUACAGGAACACAAACCACACAAACCAUGAGUGUUGGCUUGCAAACUGAAGGUUUACGAAGCAUUACCAGCAGUCCUCACAAGUGUUUAACCCCCAAGGGGGGUUCUACACCUAUUUCCUCACCUUCACGGAACUUAAGGAAUAAACAGGUGGCUCCAGCAAUUGAAAAGGUACAGGCUAAAUUUGAACGUUCUUGUUGUUCUCCCAAAUAUGGCUCUCCAAAGUUACAGAAGAAAAUUCUUCCUAAAACAGAUCAGCCAAGCAAUCGUGCCACAUCAGUUACUAGUCAGAAGGGAAUUAAUGAGUCUGCUUGGGCCAGAUCAACUACAACUAGGGAAAGUCCUGUUCACACUACAAUAAAUGAUGGUCUUUCUAGUCUAUUUAAUAUAAUUGACCAUAGCCCUUUGAAUUCUGACCAUCUGCAAAAACUGUCAAGGCCAAACAGUAGAUCUAGAUCUGCUGAACCGAGACCAGAAUUUGGGACCAUGCCAGACCUGUACAUGGAUAUUCGGGGAAGAUCACCCAGCCCUAUUCGCAUAACUAUAGACCUGCAAAGGGAACAAAUUGUUGAUAUGUUCUCUGGGAGGCAAGACCUUUCUGCUCCACCAGGUUACCAACUGACAGAGAAUGCUACCAGAAUACUUAGCAAGAAAAUUUUAGAAGAUCAAAGACAAACUCCAAACAGUCCAUCAAGAGUUUGCAAAGACAGUGCAGAUAACGAAAUGUUAAAAGCUGAAUCGGGAUCCAUUGAGGGACUGCCUUGUUCAGCAUUAGCUCCGUCCUUGGAAUCCAGCUUCUCCCGGCCAGAGAGACCAGCGAACAGACGUCUGCCUUCACGAUGGGCCUCCUAUUCCCCAACUGCCUCCAGAUCUCCCUCAACUGUGGACCUCACUGUUUCAUGCGAGGAGGAGAACAAGCACGUAAAGCAAAUGGAUGACACCUUGCAUGAACUCAGAACUUAGUUCCCAAGUCACAGUGAUUCGUCUCGGCCAAUAGAGAUACUUUCUAACCUUAGGAAUGCCACCUACAAUUACUGAAUGUCAACUUGUGGAACAUGUAGUUGUGUUUCUUAAAUGGAACAUCUAAUGUGCCUGUAUGCAAUGACCAUAUAUAUGUCUCCAUCAUUUCUACUUAGUUCUGAAAAUACAUGUAAAAAUGAUCAAAAAAGAUAACACAGAAAAAUGAAUGCUCAGUAACUCUCAGUGCUGUCUGCCUUUUUAUUUUUGCACUUUUUUUUGUGUUUUCCCCCCUUUUCAUUUAAUUGCACAUUUGUUGUUUGUCUUUUUGGUAUUAUUUCUACUCUCAGUGUUAAUAUUUACGUAGACGAAUUAUAUUUUUGGAAGUGCUUCAUGUUAUCUGAAGCUGUAGAGAAAUAACAUAAACUGUUCACUUAACUGAAUAGUAAUGUAUUUUAUGAACUUGAGAAAUACUAGCAAAAAAAAAAGUCUUAUCAAGAUGGCUGUAUGCAAAAAAUAAAAUAAAUGUCACUUGAUAGCUGAUCCACGCACUUUAGUGCAUGUAUAUACUUUUACUGUAAGGAUCCAUCAUUCAUAAGAAUGAAUCUGUUUUACUGUAAUAUUGUUGUGUAUUUAUGUACUGUACUUUUAUCAUUAGUAUACUUGCACUGAUCACACAGGAAAUGAUUUUUUGAAUUACCGUCCACCAGCUGUAUAUCUACAUUUCUCUGUGAAGUUUCAUGGAAAAGCCAAGGCAUAAUGAAAUGUUACGGAUUACAUUUGCAAGUAUGUACAAAGCUAUGGUGAAAUGGAAUAAAAUCCUCAGCAUUUAAA